AUGGCCAUUCAUAAUCUUGUGUGCUUCUAUUUCGUUUCGAGCCUCUUCUUCCUCGGUUUGUCGUCCUCCGACUCGACCCCGUGGGCCCCACGUCUAGUCUCGUUCCACGAGGGAUUCGACCCGUUGUACGGAAAGCAAAAUGUAGUCCCGUACGACGAGGCCAACACGUCGGCGAUGAGGGUGUACGGGACGAUAUGGGACGGGUCGAGUUGGGCGACCGAGGGAGGGCGGUACAAGGUGGAUCAUAGGUACGGGCCGUUUGUGGCCGAGUACUCGGGUUUUGUGAUGGGCGGUGGUGAUUGGGUCGGGCUCAAAUUGGGCCGGGAGGAGCAGGCCCAAAUGGAGGGUUUUAGAAGGAGGUGGAUGACGUAUUCGUAUUGUUACGACAAGAAACGGUACGCGGUGGCGUUGCCGGAGUGUGUUUUUGAGGCCGGGGAGUUUGAACGUCUAAGAAGAUUUGAUCCUUGGACGUUUGGGUCCUCUAGCAAGAGAUGA